AUGGCGGGUAUGCUGUGCAAACGGGUCCUGUCCAUCCCCAGGACGGGGAUUCGCCCCGCGUCGUGGGCUUCGGUCGCGGCGCAGACUCGAUUGCAGAGCUCAGCAGCAUCCACCUCGACACGAGCAGACCCCGCGCCAUCCGAGAUUCCUCCGCCUCACCCGCACCGCGAUGCUUCCUCCUCGUCCUCCUCUCGAGUCACGGCACUCAAGUCCGCAAAGCCAUUCUCCGAGUUCCUGACCGAUACCUUCCAUCGUCAACAUGAUUACCUCCGAAUUAGCGUCACCGAGCGGUGCAACCUGCGGUGUCUGUACUGUAUGCCAGAGGAAGGGAUCGAGCUGUCGCCACCCGCGCGCCUGCUCACAUCCCCGGAAAUCGUCUACCUAUCAUCGCUUUUCGUCUCGCAAGGUGUGACAAAGAUUCGCCUGACGGGCGGGGAGCCGACCGUGCGCAAGGACAUCGUGCCCUUGAUGCAGGAUAUCGGCAAGCUGCGGCAAUACGGCCUGCGUGAGCUAUGCCUGACCACGAAUGGAAUCUCGCUACAUCGCAAGCUCGAUCCUAUGGUCGAAGCCGGGCUGACCGGGGUUAACCUCAGCCUGGACACGUUAGACCCCUUCCAGUUCCAGAUCAUGACGCGGCGCAAGGGCUUCGAUGCGGUGAUGAAGAGUAUCGACCGAAUUCUGGAAAUGAACAAGGCCGGUGCAGGCAUCAAGUUGAAGAUCAACUGCGUGGUGAUGCGCGGGAUGAAUGACCGCGAGAUUGUCCCCUUUGUCGAGCUGGGCCGUGAGAAGCCCAUCGAGGUGCGGUUCAUCGAGUACAUGCCAUUUGACGGGAACAAGUGGAAUAAGGGCAAGAUGUUUUCAUACCAGGAGAUGCUGGCGGUGAUUCGGGAAAAAUACCCCAAUCUAGAAAAAGUGCAAGACCACAAGAACGACACUAGCAAAACCUACCAAGUCCCCGGCUUCGAGGGCCGGGUCGGAUUCAUCACGAGCAUGACCCAUAACUUCUGUGGCACAUGCAACCGCUUGCGACUUACCAGCGACGGGAAUUUGAAAGUGUGUCUAUUUGGGAAUGCGGAGGUAUCGCUGCGAGAUAUCAUCCGUAAAGAGAAUGAUGGACAACCUAUCGAUGAAGCCGCCGCGAACCAGCUUCAGCUUAUGGAGACAGUCCAGGCCGCUGCUCGUUUGAGUGACGAGGGUGGACUGGUCAAUGAACGAGAACGCCAGAUUCUCGACAUCAUCGGUAUGGCCGUGAAACGCAAGAAGGCCAAGCACGCCGGAAUGGGCCAGUUGGAGAAUAUGAAGAACCGGCCCAUGAUUCUCAUCGGUGGAUCCCGAACCACCUCGUCCUCUCCGUGGUCGAAGAUUCCUCCUCAUAUACUUCCCUCUUUCCCCGUCUCCCCACAGGCUCGUCUCUACCACAGCACAGGGACUCUUCAAGACCCCCAACGCUCCUCACAAAACACCAACUCGGAUAAACCCGACGAAACCCCCAAAUCCCACGCCCUCCCAACCGCCUCCGACCCCGACCUCCCACACCUCACCCCAUCUCAAACGGUGCACAUGACCCAAAUCACCGCCAAACCCGAAACCAAACGCAUCGCCACCGCAGCCUGCACGGUCACCUUCUCCAACGCCCGCCCCUGGGCCCUCCUCCGCAAAGGCCAAGGCACCCACAAAGGCGACGUCUUCAGCGUCGCCCGCAUCGCCGGCAUCAUGGCCGCUAAGAAGACGCCCGACCUGGUUCCGCUAUGUCACCCGGGCAUCGGGAUCACGGGGGUGGAGGUGAGCGUGGAGCUGGACGGGCCUGCGGGCGCGAGCGCGGAGGAUCAUGGGUGUAUGCGGAUUCUGGCGACGGUGAGUUGUUUUGGGAGGACCGGGGUGGAGAUGGAGGCGAUGACUGCUGCGGUGGGGGCUGCAUUGACGGUUUAUGAUAUGCUGAAGGCGGUGGAUAAGGGGAUGGUUAUUGGGGAUGUGAGGUUGUUGGAGAAGGUUGGGGGGAAGAGUGGGCAUUGGAGGAGGGAGGAGUAG